GUGGCGUCCUUGCAAGAGAAUGGUCUGACAGCAGCUUCCAUUAGACGCGUGGAAGAGCUACUGGCGGCGCUUGAUCGACAUCAAGAACAAGGAACAGGCCCUGAGGCGAGAUGGGAGCUUUCUCGACUAGUGGCCAGAAUGGAAAGUUGUGCCGAAACGCUGGAAGCUCUGAUGGAAGUCCUCCACCGUCGUCUUGUACCACGUGGCUUCCUACCUGUGCAGCGGAUGCCGGCGACAAUUCACGACCAGCAACGGUUCUACCAGUGGGUGAGCCAAUACAACACCCUCUGUGUGGAUGCCAUCGUGAGAAACAUGGAAGCACCACUACAGACAGAUGAGGUCGAGAGUAACGAAGUUCCCGAUGCAGGGCCACCUGUCUCCGUGGAGCAACCAUCCUCGUCCUCGGGUCCAGCACCUGCUUCGCUGCUACGGUCUAGAAGCCGCUCCAGGACACGUGGAUCAUCGGUGCCCUCUUCUUCCACCUCCCUUGUGGAUGCAGAGGAGUCGGCUGAACCUGCUGUGCCUGUAGAUGACCCAGAAGCAGCACAGAUGCUCGAAGCUACGCUGCGUGGGACUCCUCCUGUCCUGCCCAGUUGGGCUCGACCGGGACUUACACCGAGUGAACGCCCUGGCCUCUGGCGCGAAGAUCCUCCCCCGGGUACAGACAGCCUGGUGGAUGGAUUGGCUACUGAGGACACCUCUACGCCUUCGUUGACCAGACACCUCUGCGCCUUCAUUGAGCAGCACAACUUCCUCGACUACAGGUACCUGGCGGCGACUGUCUGCGCUGGCGAGCACUUUGACCAACACAACUUCCUCGACUACAAGUACCUGGCGACGACUGUCUGCGCUGGCGAGUACUACGUCCUCGACUACAAGUUCUUGGCGACCACUGUGGGAGUUGGGGGUGAUGUUGGAGGGCGAGCUCGUUCAUUGGGGCAAUUAUACAGACUGAUGGACGUCUUCUACAACUUCGACAACAUCGCCAUCCUUGCCGGGGGAGCGGACAGAGUGCAGGUGUUGCAGAGGCUCCUGGAGCGGCAAAGAACUGUCCUUUUGGCUGCCUCAUCCGUCAGCGGCGCUUCCUUUCAAUGCGGCUGGCAUGGAGAGGACGAUCUGGCAGUCAGUCCAGCGCGAGGCGCAGUUUGGGUCGGGGAGGUCCACGUCUUCAACGUCCAGGUUCGCUCUUACGCCUUCGUUCUUGCUCAUGCCGGAGCUCCCUCGUUCCACGGAGGAAGUGUGGCAGCAGUUUUCUCCCGAGACUCCAAGAUCGACGAUUGCCGGGUAUC